AUGUUCGCGCUAUUACCGUUGGACAACUUCACCCACGGUAUUUGGGAGAAUCCAUUCGCUUUAAUGCACCAAAUGGAUCGUCAUAUCCAGGAUAUCCGAGAGAGAAUGGGCUCAAUGGAUGUUCCGUCGACCGGUUCAGUGAGUGACUUUUUGAAGGACGCCUACGAAAUAGGUGAGGAUGGCAAGGUACAUUUCAAGCUGCCGAAGAGUAUUGAUGAUAGUCAACUGAAAUGUCGCAUGACAGAUGAUGGUGUUUUGAUGUUGGAGGCUCCAGUGAAGGUUGAUCAGAACCAGUCGUUGACGCUGAACGAGUCUGGUCAGGUGGGUGUUCGACCGAAAUCGGACAAUCAGAAUAAGGCAGUUCCUGCGUCUCAAGCACUUGUUGCAAAAGGUGUUCAUGGUCUAUCGUAUGUGGAUGAUGGUUCAGGUGGCAAGCGACUGCAUGUUGAGGUUCCAGUGGACCCAGUGUACAAGCCUGAAGACUUGUGUGUGAAUGUUGAUUCGAAUCGUGUUGUGGUUAGUGGACGUCAUCAUAAGCAGAAGAGUGGUCAAUAUGGAAAGUCAAGUUCAUUUGCAGAGUUCAGUCAGUCGUAUGCGAUUCCCGAGACAGUUGAUCCGUUAUCUGUUUCUGCUCAGGUAGUUGGCAAUACAUUGGUAUUGGAGGCGCCAUUGGAGAAGCAACAUGCAAUUACUCACUAG